AUGAGACGUUCAGCCCUGGCCUGGCUUUCGCUCGUCGCAGCGGCGGCAGCGCUGUCCGCGCCGCGGGCAGCAGCCGUGAAGAGUCGCCCGCUCCUGUUCGGUAGCCGGCGGGCCACCGCGCUCGGCGAGCGGAGGAUCCUCCGGCCUGUGCGGAGGAUACGCAAGGGGCUGCCGAGCGGGAGGUGGCUGCUGGAGUAUGCCGACCUGCGUCCCCUGGACGAGAGUUCUCCAGAGUGCCAGAUCUUCCUUGCGACCAACAUCGUCUUCUUCGCCGCCGGAGGCGCACUGGUUGGCUCCUCGCCGGCGCUUGCCCUUCAGCUCGAGCUGGCCGGGAUGGCUUCGGUGUGGUACCAUUAUACCCAGUGCUGCUACGGAGGCACGCAGCACCCUUCCGUGCAGCUCGCCAUCCUUCUCGAUUACAUCUUUGCCGUUCCCACCGCCCUCCGCACGCUGGUGCUGGUCCUUGGGCUGGGAGGCGCGGUGCCGCCGAGCGCACUCCUCGCCGGUGUGGGAUCGUUUGCGGCGCUGGCGGCGGGCUGGGUGUGGGAUGGACCCCGCGCGUACAUGGCGUUGCACGGUGCCUGGCAUCUGCUCGGGGCACUCUGCGUGUACGAGGUGGCCAUCGCGGCUGCGGGUUGA